AAUUCAUAGUUCACCAACUUAGCCAUGGCAGCUUUUAUAAAACCCUAAUUUUUUUUUUAAACAAACUCAUGUUUAGUACACAAAAGAAAAGCAAAGAGAUCUCCAUGUUUUUCUCCAACAUGUCUAAAGCCAAUGUAAGGAAACAUGUUAUGGAGAAGAAAGGAAAAGAAAAGCCAAUGGAAAGUCCAGUGCCGUCGAAGAACUUGAAGAAAAUCUACCCUAUCGGGUUUCAACGAAGUAGCUCGUCUUUGUCGUUGUCGUCGUUGUCGUUGUCUUUGUCGCAGAACUCGAAUGAUUCAUCGAUUACAGAUCAUUCGAGUACUACACCGUUGGAGCAAAGGAUUUCGUUAGCUCUUAGCUUGAUCGCGCCUCAUCAUGAACAGAGAGAGUUCGUCCCGAUUGUUAAAAAUGUGCGACAAAGUCGACAACCACAACAACAACAAGAACAUCCUAACAAUGGGGAACUUAGGAGAUGCCAUUGGGUUACAAAGAACAGUGAUAAAGUAUACAUAUCAUUUCAUGAUGAACAAUGGGGAGUUCCAGUUUAUGAUGACAACCAAUUAUUCGAACUCCUUGCCUUGUCCGGUAUGUUGAUGGAUUACAAUUGGACCGAAAUUUUGAAAAAAAAGGAACUUUAUAGAGAAGCUUUUGCUGGGUUUGAUUCUGAAAUUGUUGCAAAAAUGGGGGAUAAAGAAAUCAAUGAGGUAUCAUCAAACAAAGCUAUUAUGUUGGUUGAGAGCAGAAUAAGGUGCAUAAUACACAAUGCCAAAUGCAUACAAAAGAUUGUGAGAGAAUAUGGAUCUUUUAGUAGCUUCAUGUGGGGUUAUGUGAAUCAUAAACCCCAAAUUAACAAAUACAAGUACCCAAGAAAUGUUCCUCUUAGAACCCCAAAAGCUGAAGCCAUUAGCAAGGACCUAUUGAAACGAGGAUUCCGAUUCGUUGGGCCAGUCAUCGUUUAUUCAUUCAUGCAAGCUGCCGGGUUGACUAUCGAUCAUCUCAUCGGAUGUUUUAGACACAAAGAAUGUGUUGCCCUUGCCGAGAGACCUUGGAGACACAUUUAAAAACCUAUGUUUAUUCGGAUAAGGUAUGUGUCCGACAAGUAUACGGAUAGUUUGCUUUUAACAUCUUUACUAACUCUCUUUAAAUCUCUCUCUUCCACCUUUUUUGUAUAUGUAUACCGAUGAUUCAUAAAGCUUCAUGGCUUAUGUAAUUGUUUAACAUAUUCAAUUAAAUACAAAGCUUGGAUUUUAUUGUUUUAAUGAAA